AUGAUCUCGAAGGUCCUGCUAGUUUCAGGUCAGUUUUUAUUCUGAUCGUUUCGAAACCAAAAUUUUGACGCUAUUCUAGUCACUAAAGUGUCCUUCAAUACAUAGCUUUUCGUAGUAAGACCCAACGUCUGAUUGCCAGUUGUAGGCUAACGCGCUCUACCGCAAUUCACGUGGCAUUCAGUUGCAAAAUUGUGGGCUGUUAGUUUUCUUCGCGCAAAACUCGUCGCAUUCACAAACCGACAGUAUCUGUAACUUUUGCAGUAUUGUGCCUAUCCGUGUGGUGCCAAGGCCAAGGAGCACCGCCCCCAGCACAACCACCGGCUCAACAACAAGCUCCGGCACAACCAGUCCAAACUCAGCAACCGAAGCCAGUGGUCCCAGCUCAACCACCGCCGCAACCACAAGCACCCGUUCAAACGCAACAACCAACACCAGCUGCUCCACCAGCACCGGCGGCUCCUGAAGCUCCCCCUGUUCAAGCCCAACAACCGAAGCCAGUGGUUCAACCUCCAGUCCAACAACAAGCUCCAGUUGCUCAGCAGGUCAACUCUGCAGCUCCAGCACCAGUUGCUCCGGUUCAACCUCAACAACCGAAGCCAGUGGUUCAACCUCCAGUUCAACAACAAGCUCCAGUUGCUCAGCAGGUCAACUCUGCAGCUCCAGCACCAGUUGCUCCGGUCCAACCUCAACAGCCGAAGCCGGUAACUCCUGCCCAACCACCAGUUCAGCCAGCAGCUCCUGUUGCUCCGGCCCAGGCUCAGCAACCGAAGCCCGCUGCUCCAGCACAACCACAACCUCCGGCUGCUCCAGUCGCUCCGGUCCAGGCUCAACCACAACCUCCGGCUGCUCCAGUCGCUCCGGUCCAGGCUCAACCACAACCUCCGGCUGCUCCUGUAGCUCCUCCUGUCCAAGCGCAAGAACCGAAACCAGUGGCUCAACCACCAGUCCAACCACAAGUUCAACAGCAGAAGCAAGCAGCUCCAGAACCAGCUGCUCCACAAGUCAAACCGGCCGCUCCUAUCCCCGUGGCUCCGGUUCCGGUCCCUGUUCAAGCACCGCAACCAGUGGUUCCCGCUGCCCCUCAAGUAAAGCCGUUCCCGGCAGCUCCGGCGCCAGUCCAACCACCACAGAAUGCGGCGCCUCCAGCUUCUAGUGCUCCGGCUCCGGCAACUUCAACUGCAGCACCUGCUCAACCUGCUGCGGCAAGGCCAGUUGCUGCUGCGGUCCCAACAGCUCCGGCUCCGGCGCCGGCAGCUCCACAACCAGCUCAACCGACUCCGGCGCCAGUUAAGCCUGUAGUUGCUCAGGCUCAAGGUCAGUUUUUGGGUUUAACUGGGGUCCAUCUAUGAGUCCCACUAAGGGUCUAGCUUGGGAUCCAAAGGUCCGACUGGGGGGUCUAGGUAUAUUUCUAUCUAAAACUACUAAAGUUUCAGGUCAAGCUCCGACUCCAACCACUACGACCCGAAGCCCAAAGGCCAAAAGAUCGGCACCAACUGCCCAGGACCUGAAAAAGAAACAGUUAGUUCUUGCUGCCCAGAAAAUAGGGACCACUUUACCUUUUUCCAGAAACCCGAGCCCUCUGGCGAGUCUCACCAACCUCGGCCCCAGCACAGUUUUCCUCGGCGCCUGCGUCUUCUUCACCGUCGUCGGCCUCGGACUCCUUCGAUGCUUCCGCCGCUCCCCGACGGAUAAUAAACUGAAAUUGUUGUAAAAUGGACGGGCCUUUCGAUUUUUGAUGAUUUUGUUAAGUUCGAACGUCAACCUUUCACUAGUAAAACGUGUUUCCGUGUUAUUCCCACUUUCAAAUGUUUCAAAAAUUUACAAAGCCGACAUUUUUCUUCGAGUUCGACUAAAUCGGUAAGAUUUUUUGCUAAAAAUGAGUGCAAUCGCGCUCUGUCACUCAAAUUGCAGUUGCUAUUCCCUUUUUGUGCAAGAAUUUCGAAUAGUCAAAAAAAUCGAUACUCUCUUCGAAUCAUAAAUAAUCAACUAUUACGGCGGAAAAGCCCGCGAAGUUUGCAAUUUUUGCAACAAAAAAAAGCGUACACUUUAAAGGCGCAUAACAAAACGAAACGAAUUCAGUACGAUAGUUCCAUCCAACAUUUCGAUGUGUUCAACCGUCCGCCCACUUCUUUUCCUGCUCCUUUUGAUAUGGAACAUCCGACUGGCCCGUCCGGAAGGGACCAGUCUCGAGAAUGAGUUUUUCGAUCGAUAUUGGGUAAGAGAAGAGAGUGGGUACACACAAUUUUCGGGGGAAAAUACAAUAAUCGAGUUUUGAGGAAAUGUGCCAUCUCCAGCGGCUUCAGGACAGGCUCAGGUCACGAAAGAUCCGGCUCAAAGUGCAACUCAGGCACCACCGGCGGCAGGUCCAACUCAAAGUUCAUCAACUUCUGCGGCUCCGACGACUGAUCCUAAGCCAGUCCCAAGCACCCUGGCUCCAAGCACCCGGGCUCCGAGUACCCGUGCCCCUUCAACCGCCCCGCCAACUACUACCAAAGUUCCCACUACACCAGCUCCAAGUACCGUGGCUCCCAGUACCUUGGCUCCGAGCACAGUGGCUCCUAGUACCUUGGCUCCUAGUACCUUGGCUCCUAGUACCUUGGCUCCCAGUACCUUGGCUCCGAGCACAGUGGCUCCCAGUACCUUGGCUCCCAGUACCGUGGCUCCCAGUACCGUGGCUCCAAGUACUGUGGCUCCAAGUACCAUGGCUCCAAGUACCUUAACUCCGAGCACAGUGGAUUCAAGCACUUCUGCUCCCAGUACCCUGGCCUCCAGUACCGUGGCUCCAGGUACAUUGGCUCCAAAUCCCAGUACCCCGGCUCCAGUGGUCCCCCCGAACCCGACCUCAAUCCCGCCUACGCAUUCUCAGUCACAAUCUCAAUCUCAAAGUCCGCCAACUUCGACCGCCGGUACCGAUUCGAUUCCAACAACUGACACGACCCACGCACCAACCCCGGCGGCCCAAAAACUGGUCAAAACGAAACAGUGAGUGGGGACUAGAGUAUUUUUAGGCCACCUCUAACCAAAUCUUCGUUCAGCUCCAAACAAUUCGCCUAUGAAGUGACCACGUGCGUUCUGAUGAUUGGUGCAUCGGCCGGCGCCCUCUACACAUCGAUGCAAAUGCUCAAACUGGGAAAAUCGUUGAGGAAACUCGUGUUGUACGUUGUUGAAAUAUUAUCGAUUUUUGUUGUAAAAAUUGAUACAUUUUCCAGAAAAACCCAGAAAACCGAUUGA